AUUCACUUCACGCGGAGCACGUCGGCUAUACAACACGGUCAGUCCUGUGUACUGCGCCGAAAUAUCGAAGACUCAUGUGGAAUAUUAGCUGCCGGGUGUCCCGUCAUUUCGAUGUGUAUUUGACAUAAGAACUGAUAAAAAGAAAAUUGAUUUGACAUUGUACCUGCUCAGUUAUGUAUUAUUUAAAAAAAUAUAGAAUAGUGUUAAUUUUAUUUUCACGAAUAAUGCUGGAUUUUUUGCCAUGUUGACAACGAAAAAAAUCAGAUGUGCAUAAAACACCCAUAUCCAAUUCACAAUGAACAUUCGUGGGGUGGCUGGUGGGGGUGGCAGAGGCGAAGGUUCCGGUUCACCUUCCGAUGCUGGAUACUCAGCUGCCCUAGUAUGCGUUGGCCGGAAAAUAUUGGCGAUGGAUGCGCUACAGUUACGGCCGAUCAGAACCACAGGGCCGUCACCAGUCGCGCACAAUGGCCGCUAUUGGACGCCAAAUAAACGCAGGGACAACGCGGAAACGGUUAGAUACAUCCGAUGUCUGGUGCAGACCUGUGAGGCUAUCAAACCGUGGAUUGCAACUGAUAACCAAACAUCGUCGCCACCCCAGACCCGGACCAAGGUGACGAUGGACCAGUUGCCGAGAAUAAUGCAAAAGGUACUCGAAAACAAGAUUCGGAGUAACAGAGACCACAAGUUUGUCAACUACUGGACACCUAGUGAGUUCGUGAAAAAUUGUUUGUUUUGGCACAAUUUCUACAGACACUUUCAUAGAUCGACUGAAUUGGUCUUAAGUCCACACUUAUGCGAAGAAGCACAAAACUGGGCCAAUCAUUUAGCUCACACGGAGACGUUUGCUUAUCAGAAUAAAAUAAAUUAUGGACAGAAUCUGUUCUGCCGAAAAUUGACGAAAACUGAAGUCGAAGCUGCAGGAAAGGAUGUGGUCCGUGAAUGGUAUUCGUCUUCAAGAGUUUACAAGCCGAGAAAAAAUCCAAAAAUGUACUCGGCCAACAUAAAUUCAGGUCCUUUCACGCAACUUGUAUGGUCAAACACGAAAGAGUUGGGUAUCGGAAAAGCGUGCAGUCGGUCUGGUCGGAUAAUCGUUGUGGCAAAUUACUACCCGAAAGGAAACGUGAAUGGACAGUACGCCAACAACGUGCACAUGAACCAAUACUUUUUGCCCGCCAACAAGAAGAAAUUAGAAUUCAUAACCAGACACGAAGAAUAGAUAGCUCAAAUACUGUUUAAAAGUCGUAAAAGAAAAAAAAAAGUGAACAUCAAUGACUGUGUUUGAAUAUUGCCAUAGUGUAAUUAUGGUUUCGUGAGUUUUCACAGUAAAUUAUCACCAUCAUUUUUUUUUAUUAUUAUUAUUUAUGUAUAUGUACGUUCAAUCUAUCGCAGGACCUGACACGGUAUUACUUCAUAAUCGAUUUCAUACAUUAAUACGAGUAUAUUAAUAUAAUUAUAUGAUACACACGACUGAUCGAUACGUAUUGGAUUUUGUACUAUUUAUGUUAUAUACAAUAUAAAUAUAAACGACUGUUUUAUUCUUAAGUCUUAAAUAUUACUGUAUUAUUGUAUGGAACAUAGUAACUAUCUUAGUAACUCAUUUAAAAAAAUAUAAUAUAUUAGGCAUCGAUCGUAUAAUAAUGUAUUAUAACCGUUUUUGAAAAAUCAGUUAUAUGCACGUUAAAAAUACGUUUUGUUUGUGGUUGUUCUAAACUUAGACACCACAUUUUUAUGGAACGUAUAAAUGUAAUUAUUGCAUUUAUGCUCUGGUAUAAAUGUCAAUACACUUUCGAAAUAAGAAUUUCUGAUCGUCCAUGUAUUAUGUUGCACUCUAACCAUAUGUUUAUAUUAAAAAUUGAU